AUGAACGCGACUGUUCUAAUCCGCCACUGGCGUCCAAGUCCCGCAUGCUUCCGGAGUACUAUACAGCCUCAAUUCUUCUCGACGUCUUCGCUUGUAUGGAAAGCCUAUUACUCCGAUCAAGUCAAAGCACCCCAUCAGAAGACAGACUGCCACGCCACGAAAGCAAAGAGCACGACUCACGUAACAUCCAAAUCGCGGUCAGUAUGGCGCCUCGCCUUCUGGAGCUGCCGGACCACCUGGAAACGAGCGGGAAUCAACACGCUGCGUUGCCUGGCGGGCUGUACACUUGGUGACUUUUCCGCACUAUGGAUGCUACAAACCUACUACCCAGAACUCGGAAUGACGACAAUAAUGGCUGCAUCCAUGGUGUCUGGCAUCACAACCUCAAUUAUCGUUGAAAGUGUUUUACUCCGGCGCGGAGUCGACCAACUCUCCUGGUCUAUGGCGGUCCGCACUGCGAUGGGCAUGAGCAUGGUGUCAAUGAUGGCGAUGGAGGCCGCAGAAAAUAUCGUCGACUACCAUCUCACGGGCGGCGUAGUGGCAUUGGGGGACCCAAACUUUUGGAUGGCGGCAGCGGUGUCCAUGGCCGCCGGAUAUUUCGCACCGUUGCCAUACAACUAUCUACGUUUACGAAAGUACGGAAAGGCGUGCCACUGA